AUGGCGACGCGUCAGCGACGGGCUGCGGCGCCCCUCUCCUACAAAGAGGAGGACGAGUCAGAUACGUCCGAUGCGUCGUUCGAGCUUAAGCGCGAGUCGUCGUCAUCUGACUUUACCCUCUCGGAGGCGGACGAGCCCGCGCCACAGCUGCCACCGCCGCGCUUGACGCCUCCCCAGGCUGUAGUGGUGCCGAAAAAACGCGCACCCUCCGACACAGAGACAGAUAGCGACGUGCCCCUCGCAUCGCUCGUAUCGAAACGACCGAAGCCCAAGCAGAAACUCACACGCUUUCAACGUUCCAUCGCGCAAUUGCAUGCCGUUCACCCUGACUUGGCCUCUGUUUGGCACAACCUAGCGCAGAUGCGCCAGCCGAAAGGUGGAAAACGGCCCGAAGCUGAGCAGCCCACAAACAUUACUAUGCCUCUCCUCCCAUUCCAGCGCGAAGGUCUCUACUGGCUCCAAGCGCAGGAACGCAGCGUGUGGCGUGGCGGGCUCUUAGCGGAUGAAAUGGGGAUGGGCAAAACCAUCCAGAUGGUCAGCUUGCUUGCCUCCGAUCUUAAAGGUCCCAGCCUUGUGAUCGCGCCUACGGUCGCUCUGUUCCAGUGGCGGAACGAAAUGCAAAAAUACGCGCCCAGUUUGCGUGUGACGGUCUGGCAUGGCGCGCAACGCACCAAAGAGGCAGCUGAUCUGGAAGGCCUCGACGUAGUCUUGUCCUCUUACGCCGUCCUGGAAAGUUCGUUCCGACGUGAGCACCAUGGCGUCACGCGUCGUGGGCGGCGCGUACACGAGCCUAGUCUGCUGCAUCAACUUCACUGGCGGCGCGUGAUUCUCGACGAGGCCCACCACAUCAAGGAGCGCUCAUCCAACACUGCUCGCAGUGCCUUUGCUCUUCAAAGUGACUUUCGGUGGUGUCUUAGCGGCACACCCUUGCAAAAUCGCGUAGGUGAGCUGUAUUCCAUGAUUCGGUUCCUAGGCGGUGAUCCUUUCGCAUACUAUUUCUGCCGCCAGUGCCCAUGCAAGUCAUCCAAAUGGAAUUUCCAUGGUCACAGUGCAUGCCAUCUAUGUGGCCACAAGCCUAUGGUGCACCUUAGUUUCUGGAACUUUAUGAUUCUCCGACCCAUCCAACGCGAUGGAACGGAAGAAGGCGAAGGCGAAGAAGCCUUUGCACGUCUGCGUCUUUUGCUGGACUGCAUUAUGCUUCGCAGGACCAAACUGGAACGCGCCGAUGAUAUGGGUUUACCACCGCGCACUAUUGAAGUGCGCCGCGAUCUGUUCAGCCCGGAAGAAGAAGAUCUGUAUCGCAGUUUGUACACGUCCACCACACGCAAAUUCAGUACAUUCCUUGACCAAGGUACCGUCCUCAACAACUACAGCAACAUCUUUACAUUAUUAACACGCAUGCGCCAAAUGUCCAACCACCCGGAUCUUGUUCUUCGCUCGUCCACCAGUUCCAAUGUCGAUCUGCUGGGCGACGUCGACGAAGUACAUGUGUGCAAACUGUGUUUGGAAGAGGCAGAAGAUGCCAUUCAAUCACGUUGCCGGCAUGUAUUUUGCCGCGCUUGCAUCGCUCAAUACCUCGAAAGCUUUGAAGGCGACGGAGAUCCAGCACUUCGUCAUGAGACGGUUGUGCCUGAUUGCCCCUACUGUCAUGCCGUCCUCUCUAUCGAUCUUGAAGCGCCAGCACUCGAGCCGCCACAGCGGUUCAGCGCACCUGGCAAUCCGAAGCGCCAAGGCAUUCUGACGCGGCUUGACCUGGCUCAUUGGCGCUCGAGUACGAAGAUCGAAGCAUUGGUGGAAGAACUGACCAAACUACGAGAGCUGCCAGAUCGGUCGAUCAAGAGUCUCGUCUUCAGUCAGUUUGUCAACUUUCUCGACCUCAUCGCUUUCCGACUGCAGCGGGCUGGUUUCCGCAUUUGCCGGCUGGAAGGCAAUAUGACACCGGAAGCACGCGAUCGUACGAUCCGUCAUUUUAUGGACAAUCCAGGCGUAACAGUUUUCCUCGUAUCGCUCAAGGCGGGUGGUGUCGCACUGAAUCUGACUGAGGCCUCACGUGUGUAUCUCAUGGAUCCCUGGUGGAAUCCUGCCGUGGAAGUACAGGCCAUGGAUCGUAUUCAUCGUCUUGGGCAGCAUCGGCCCAUUAUUGUCAAACGCAUGAUCAUUGAAAACAGCAUUGAAAGCCGCAUUAUUGAGUUGCAAAACAAAAAGAGCGCUAUGAUUGAUGCAGCUAUUGGCCAAGACGACUCAGCGAUGGGCCGUCUUAGCGUCGAUGACCUUCGUUUCUUAUUUACCAUGUAA